AUGCUGGGGGGAUGGAGGGGAGGAGCGGAUAUUACCGCUGUGGAUCGUACGUUUGGCCCGCUUUUAGAAGACGAUAUGCGAUUUGACGACGACGGUCACGGCGACGACUGCACGAGAACAAAGCGAGCCGAUCUUUGUUAUGAGUUGAGGGUGCAGUGCUUCGAGGCAACUGUACGACAAAUUCUGAUCGGCACACUGCAAAGACGCGUUUUUGCCGGUGAUGGUAUUAUUCCGUGGCCAAGCUCACCGCCUCACCGAACAGAUGACAAAAAACAGGGCACGCCUCGUCGAGAGUUCCGCGACGUGUCGGGUUUCAUGGUCCUGUCGCAAGCUGUCCGGAUCAAUUUCGAGCUGUCCGACGAGUCAGGGGCUGGCGCCUGCCUGUGUUUGGGGAGUGCAUCUGAUACACACACCGCUCAACUGGCGUGCUCUUGGUCAGGCUUUCGACGGGUCUCCUGUCGCCGUCCGGAGGACAACCAGUUGUUUCCCCCGCCGGCAGUGUGCGGCAACCGACCCACCGUUUGUUCUUCUUCUUACCGAUGCUUGAAUGCGUACCAAUUGAAAGGUCGCCGUGAGAACGUGCUUUUCUCAGUGACAACCGGAAGCGCGGACUCACCCGAAUUUUAA